GUCAUUUGGUUAGUUUAAAGUUAUUAUGAUGUGCUCACGGGGAGCAUACCACACCAGAUUGGGAGGCUUUCCGAACUCAAAUAUCUAUCCCUCAGUCGCAACCAACUCAGCGGUGACUUACCAUCUUCCAUGUCCAACCUCACUCGACUACAGAUGCUUGAUAUAUCUUAUAAUUCUUUCACAGGCUCCAUACGGCCUGUUCUUCAAAACUGUAGCAGUCUGAAAUAUCUAUACCUCUCUAGUAAUUUGUUUUGCCGAAAUACACCUGUAGAGAAUCAAAACAAGAUCACUACCAGGAAUGGUGAUAUCUGUUCAAUAUGGAACUUUGAUGGACACAUUGCAUAUAAGGACAUUAUAAGAGCCAUUGAUAAUUUUGACAUCAGAUACUGCAUAGGAACUGGUGGUUACGGUAGUGUAUAUGAAGCCAGAUUACCAAGUGGUAAGACUGUAGCGCUCAAAAAGCUUCAUCGCCUGGAAGCUGAGGAGCCAGCUUUUGACAGAAGUUUGAGAAAUGAGGCGCGUGUGUUGUCAAAUAUAAGACACAAGAAUAUCGUGAAGCUCUUUGGUUUCUGCCUGCACAACCGAUCCAUGUUUCUUAUCUACGAAUUAAUGGAGAAGGGAAGUUUAUUUUGUGCCCCGAGAGAUGACGCCCAUGCAGUAGAGUUAGAUUGGAGCAAGAGGGUAAACAUUGUGAAAGGUAUAUCACAUGCUUUAUCAUACAUGCACCACGACUGCACUCCGUCCAUAGUUCAUCGGGAUAUAUCAAGUAAUAACAUACUACUCCACUCUGAAAUGGAGGCGUUUGUCGCUGACUUCGGUGCAUCGAGGUUGCUAGAUCCUGAUUCAUCUAAUCAAACAUUGGUUGCAGGCACUUACGGUUAUAUUGCUCCAGAGCUUGCAUACACAAUGAUUGUGACCGAAAAAUGUGAUGUGUAUACCUUUGGUGUGGUGGCGCUAGAAAUUAUGAUGGGAAGCUAUCCAGGAGACUUCAUCUCAUCUUUCACAAUUUCGCGGUUCACUUCUAAUAGAAUGCUGAAUGAUCUAUUGGACGCACGCCUCCCACACCCAACAAGACAGCAAGAAUAUGACAUUGUUCUUAUUUUGAGGAUAUCAUUUGCGUGUUUGUGCUCAAAUCCAAAAUUUCGGCCAUCUAUGAAUACUGUAUCUCAGGAGAUUUCACAAACUUCAAAUAUGCUUACAGCAAAUUCUAUUUACAGUUUGUCUAGUAUGUGCCCAUGGUCACAAGUUAAGAGCUAAAUUUUAUGCAUUUAGUUCCAUUUGAUUGGUGUGGUUGUUGUAUAUGCAAGGGGUCCAUCAUUAUUAAG